UGCGCAUGCGUUGUUUAGACUUUGGGGAUGGGUCUAUCGAUGGAAUCAAGAUGGCGACUCGGGCGAAAGCGCCAAUAUAUUUACUGAAGUAGAUGUCCAAAAUUCGCCGCUGUAGCGGUUUUUUUCAAGCCCCGCUGGGGUUCCGUGAACCAUGAAGCCCUGGAACAUGUUUUGGAAAAGGAACUGACCGGAAUAAUACCGUAACUAAGUCAGCGAGAUGUGCGAGAGCUAUGCCCGCUCGCUGCUGCGUGUUUCGGUGGCGCAGAUCUGCCAAGCUCUGGGCUGGGAUGCGGUUCAGCUCACUGCAUGCGAUCUGUUGUCGGAUGUACUGCAUCGAUAUAUUCAGCAGCUGGCCAGGGCGUGCCAUCGGUACUCUGAACUCUGUGAGUGCUUCUUUCAUUGCCCCGAUUACUUUUUUAACCCACAAAAGUGAAGUAGUCGAUCACGUUGUUGUUGACUGGCUCUGCAGCUGGCGCCCCCUAGCAAAGGUUGAUAUGUCAAAAAGUACAGUAGCAGCACAGCUAACUAGCUCCCAUGUAUGGUCAUUGUUGCAUCAAAGGGUUUCCUUGACUGUGUGUACUACAGUGAAGAUAAUCAUCCUUAUGCAAUAAAAAGGAGGCCUGUAUUAUGUGUAGACUCUGUUAAGUAGACCUAAUCAAUCAGGACCAUGUCUUGUAUUUCAAGCUCUAUCAUCAAUAUGCAGUCCAAACUUUUGACUCAGCUUUUAUCAGCUCUGACAGCAUGCUGCAGUGAGGUAUAAUAUCUUAAUUUGAUGUUGCGUUUCAGAUGGAAGAACAGAUCCAGUCCUGGAUGAUGUGAGCCAAGCUUUCAGACUGCUGGGAGUGAGUCUGAGUGAACUGGAGGACUAUGUCCACAACUUGGAGCCUGUGCCCUUCACCCACCAAACACCACUCUUUCCUGUCAGCAAAAACAAUGUGCUGCAGUUCCCUCAGGCUGGAGCUCGAGAUGCAGAGGAAAGGAAGGAUUAUAUUCCAGAAUACAUGCCACCGCUGGUCUCUUUACAAGAAGGUCAGUUCAUAGAAAGAUGUGUAAUAAUCUCUGAGUGUUUAUGAUGAGGGCUGCUCAGUAAUUUGAAAUGUAGUAGACAUUCAGGCCAAGAACAGGAUCCAUUUUUGUGAAGACUACUGAUUUAUUUAUAAACGUGUAAAUUAACAUUAUAGAAGUGGAAUAUGGAGCUACUGGAGUGCCGCAGAGAGUCACUGUUGAAACCACCUCAAGAUUCAAAUCAUUUUUUGUCACAAAAAUUGAUCCAGGCUAUAUUAAAGUUUUUUGUUGUUGUUGUUUGUUGAUGUUUUCCCCAGUCCAUCAGUAGAAUGAUCAUGAUCAUUAGAAGAACACACAGGAGAACAUAUUAACAAUAUCAACCAAGCUCUAAAAUUGAUAUUCAAGUAGAGGCAGAGUUAUAUUACAGUGCACCUUUUAUUAACAAGUUAGUCAGGCUACACAGUGUGUAAGUCUUUCUCUCUGGGCCGUAAUAUAUGUGAAAUGGACAAGGGUUGUGUCAGAGAUAUUCGUUUGAAGAUGCUAAAUUUCUUUUUCUCUACCUGCUGUCUCCAGAAGAGGAGGAAGAGGAGGUCCUUGCUGACAUGGGCACCUCAGCUGAAGCCAUGCAGGUGGCACUGGAAGAAGAUGAGGAGGACAUGGAUGAGGAUGAGACUGUCAACGAUGAGAACCACCCACUGAAGAGGCACCUGGACAGUCCAGAUGCAGCUAUGGGCAUGAUGCCUACCUCCAAGAGACCACGCAUGUACCCCGGCCUCAGCCCAGAAUGGGGGGUUGAGCCAAGGGAGCCCCUCACCUCCCUCAACCCUCAGCGUGUCCCCCCAGGCAUGCUGCCCACUCAUGACAGCAUCGACCCCUUGUCCCCUGAAACACCCUCUGGAGCCCUGCCUUCAUUCAGACCUCAGCCAGUUGUACCAAAACACUCUGAUCAAAAGGGUCUCACCACUCCAGGAAGAAAACCUAAAGUUUCUUCACCUGGAAGACAACGGACUAAGUCCCCUAAAGGUGUCCUCCCUGUUCCGGUGGGUGGUAGUCCCAUCAGCUCUCCAAAACCACCUAAGGAGAGAAAGAAAUCCCCAGGUCGGACAAAGAGCCCGAAAAGUCCCAAGAGCCCCAAGAUGGGUUCAGCCAAAGCAUCCCAACCCCAGAGCAAGACAGACAGUGUGCAUAAGCUGCCUCUUUCUGCUCUGAGUGAGAGGAUGGGCAAAGAGAACAUCCAUAUGCGACUAAAUAUUGAAGAGAGCCACCUAGCUGAGGGUCCUUUUAAGAAAUUAGAGCCUGAUAAUACAGCCAUUGAUGACUCCAUUGAUGCUGUGAUUGCCAGAGCGUGUGCAGAGCGUGAGCCGGAUCCUUUUGCGUUCUCCUCAGGCUCUGAUUCAGAUAGUAAUGGAUUCUCCAGCCCCAGGAGGCUGACCAUCAUGGAACCGUCUACGCCUAAAGCCCUGAUUGGGGCCAGUAACUCUUUAAAGGACACGUCAACACCACUUCACCUACAGGGGCACCCAGGCUUAGGAAAUUGGACUAUGGAUGAUUCAAUCAAUGAGGUGAUCCGAAAGGUCAACCAAGGCGGUCCAUCUGCAGCCCAGCCAAGUCAGGGAGACUUUGUGUCCUCAGGUUCUGCCUCUCCCCCCACUCCUGAACCUCUGCUCAAGGUCUUUGAAGAGAAGAACAAGAUUGUUUCAUCGGUGGAUGUAAAGAAAAAGCUGAAGAAGGAGCUCAAAACUAAAAUGAAGAAGAAGGAGAAAGACAAGCCAAAAGACAAGGAGCGGGAGAAAGACAAGAGCAAAUUGAAAGAGAAGAAUAAAGAGAAAAACAGGGACAAGAACAAGGAGUUUUCUAAGGAUGCUAAGAUGCCCUGGAAGGAUUUUGGCAAGAUGGAUGAAGAGCUCUUCCUUCCGCGAGACUUUACUUUGCCCGAGGGCUCCAUCAAGAUAAAAUCCAGAGAUGGAGAUGGACCUAAAAAGGAGAAGGAGAAACAUAAAGACAAAAAGAAAGAUAAAGAAAAGAGUAAAAAGGACAAAGACAAGCGGGACAAGGGUAAGGACAGGGGCAAAGAGGACAGGCAGAAACAAUCUGCAUUAGCCCCCUUUGCUCUUGGGGAACUCCAACCACUGUUUAGCCCCUCUGCCUGCCUGCGAAUUCCCUCUAUGCUUCCUCCUUUGGCCCCGAUCCUCCAGGACAAGGAUGUAAAGAGCAAGGAGAAGGACAAGAAAAAGGACAAGAAGGAGAAGAAGAAAAAGAAAGACAAAGAAAAAGAUAAAGAGCGAGAAAAGGCCAAAGAAAAGGAGAGGGAGAAAGAGGAGAAGAGGAAAGAGAAGGAGAAGGAGAAAGAAAAACGGGAAAAGGAGAAAGAAAAAGAGAAAGAGAGGAUUAGAUUAGAGAAGGUAACUUAUAUUGUUGAAUAUAUUUUGUCUAAUUUUAGAGAGUUACUGUUUCUAACCUUGUCCUUCUUGAAUCAUCAGGUGAAAGAAACUCCAGCGACUCUGCCGUCUCCAGUCAUUCCCAGACUGACGCUCAGGGUGGGAGCUGGCCAAGACAAAAUGUAAGCAUUCAGAUGCUUUCAACAGAGAUAAUCGUCAUUCUUUACCGCUAAUUGUCUCAAAAGUCAAAGCUCUACCAUCUUUGCAGAAAUAAUUAUUUGCUAGAAUUAGGAAUGACCAGAAGUAAACAAGAACUUUCCAGCUCCCUGUUUUUCAUUCAUGUUCCAGACAGGCUGCAAGUACACUGUGUUGUUGUGUUUGUGUUGACUCUCUCUCUAUCCUUGUCACUUAUCAGUGUUAUCAGCAAGGUGGUCCCAAACUCCGAGCCCAAAACGCCAGCGCCGAAAACCCCAGCUGCCAAGUCCGGACCUGGGAAUCGCCCUCGAACACCUCCGCCGCCUCCGAUACUCUCCCCAGUGGUGCCCUCCCUGCCUCUGCCGGCCUCUCCUCUUCCACCAGCUCCUGCUCCUUCAUCGUUGCUCUCCUCUGCUACCAUGAUGUCUCCUGCAGCAUCCUUCAAAACGCCAGUCCGCAGCGUCGUUACCGAGACCGUCAGUAACUAUGUAGUGAGUGUCGACUCACCACUUUUAUAUAUUUAAAGAAUAUGCAUGUUUUAAAAGUAUAUUGUUUAUACGUUGUGUCCAAAUAUAUAGUAUUUGAUUCCCCUUUCUUGUUCUGUGUUGUUGACAUCAUAGCUGUCACGAUAUUUGUUCACUAAGAGGGUUUUUAAUGCCUUCUGUGUCUCUUCAAAGAUUCGAGAUGAAUGGGGAAACAAGAUCUGGAUUUGUCCUGGAUGCAACAAACCUGAUGAUGGCAGUCUCAUGAUAGGAUGUGAUGACUGUGAUGAUUGGUAUCAUUGGUAAGAGACUUUCUUUUUUUUUGUUUCUGGCCUUUUUGUACCAUUUUGUUUGUUUUCAUUUUGACUUUAGUUUUGCAUAGUUGGUGGCUAAGUUCCAGUUGUUACUGUCAAUUAAAGCCAUAGUUCAGUGUCCUGUUUUUGUGCCUUUUGGAGAAAAGUUGGGUUUGAAUGGCACAAAAAAUGAAUGGUUUGGGUAAUACCUUGGUUUUUGGUUUCACUGUUUUUAAGCUGGCAGUGUCACUGUAUAGGGACAGAAUAAAAGCAGCUUCAGGCAUAUUUGUUUUUCAUUUUGAGGAAUACAACACUGAUACUUCAUUGGCCGUUGUAGGUCAGCUGAUGACUGGUCAGGAGAAAUUUAAUGAAAGUCUGUGAUCAACCGUUACGACUGUAAAAGACUCAAGUGUGCAUAUUUGCCAAGUCAAUAGGGAAAAUUGAAGAGUGUAGCAUCUGUCCUGCUAACUCUGCUACUUUAUUUUGAUUCAUUACAGUGUUAAGCUUUCGUUGUUUCAGCUGCCUCUGCUGAUUGAUAUGCUCAGAUAAUAACACAUGCAUUUCAGUUUAAGUGUAACAGGAAAGGUAGUUUGUUUUUUCAGAGCAAAUGAAUAAAUCAAUAAAAGGAAAGGGAGGGAAUUUUAUUCUACUCUGUACACCUUUACAAGAUGUUUCUUAGUCAACAAAAUCAACAAGUUUGUGAUUUGUAGGCCAAAAACACGUUAAGAUACCAUACAUGUCCUACUCUCUUGUUUAGCAAAGAAGCUUUCCCUCUUUGCUGUUUGUGUUUCUGUUGGGGUUUCUUGUUUUUUAGUUUUGUAUAGUGAUAGUCCCAGCAGAACAAUAAAGUUUUAUUUUUGAAUUCUUUUUAAAAAUAUAUGUGGUCCAGAAGGUAGGGAAACACACUUCUCCCCUACAUAUUUUGCACAUGAAUUUUAGAGUUUGUCAGGGCUUUUUUAUUAAGAAAAUCAGAUGUUUGUGACAUAUGAAGUGUUUGAAAUGUUUACUUGUGGAAGCUACUGCAUUGUAUAAAAAAACUGGACAGUGACGAUGCACGCUUUUUCACGCAAUACAACUCUUCUCAGCAUUUAAAAAAAGUUAUUUGUGACCUAGCAAGGAGCGUGGGUGGCAGCAUCAGGCAUGAAAUUUGAUGUUUUUGCUCUCAAAGAAAUUGUUUAUCCAGCUAAACAAUAUUGGCGAGGUAGGCGAGAGAAGGCUUAGCAGGGCUUUUCUUCUCUAGUCUGUGACCAGUUCAGUAGUCACAUUCACCCUAACUUUCUUCUUACGCUGUAUCUAGAAACAUACUUUUAGAUACUCUACAAUGUCACACAUUUUUUUGCAAAAGUUUUAUGGGGGGAAAGCGUCAUGUUUGCGUUGACUAGAGAGGCCUUGGACGAGUGUUAGUCUUCAUCAGGCUCUGGCAGUCUAAGAUAGGGGUGAGUCAAGCCAGCGCAUUGUAAUUCCAGUGUUGUGAAAAAUGUGUUGGAUUGAAACCCUCAUCAGAGGUAAGUGAAUCCAUAUAUUUACUUCUACCAGCUGGGGUAGACGUCAGUAUACCAAACUAGAUUCAAAACUACAGAUUUAGCAAAAAUUUCACACAUUCCCUGAAGGUUCAGAAAGCUACUUCCUCCAAACACAUUAAAAAAGACUGUGUGACUACUCGUAGAGGAGAGUGUAGAACUUGACCGAAACAUUACUUUCAUUAGCCUUUAAUACUCAGGUAAUGAUGACAGUUGGUGCUAUUUUCAUUAAUUUGGUCUGAAAGUGUUCUUCAGACUGUUUGUAUUAUAAGAGUGGCUUCAGUUACUGUAUACCUAAAGGUUUUACAUCUUAACUGGCUUAUUAUGAAUCGCUUUACUUUUGUUGUCAAGCAGAAAUGACGAUAGAAGAUGUAGCAGGCAGCAAAGAUUCACAAACAGCUGAUUCCAGCUCUAACCAAUGCUAACAGGGAGUAGCUAUGAUGCUGCUAAACCAUAGACUGUAUAAACUAUGGACAACUUGGUUCCGCCUUCUGCCACAAUAUAGAUUUGAAGCUGAAAAGCUCUUGGUAAUUUUGUGUUUUUUCUCCACUUCUUGAAACCAACAUUUUGCAGUAGUGUACGCACUCCGCCACUUGCGUAGUAGCAUUGUACACAUUCGGCGGGAGAGUCGCUGUGAUGACGUUCAGCUCAAACAGUGUAUCCCCUUGUGAGCAAAGCAAUCUUGUACGCCCAUGGGCUGUAUCAAGUGUCAAUCAUAGAAAACAUGAACCCCCUAAUAACUUUUAAAAAUGGAGCUGUGCAGAAAAAAAGAGGACCUGAGCACAGACCAAGCUUACAAUAACUACAUGUCAACAUCGCAAGCAUGGGGGAGAACAUUUUAUAUUCUGUGUAAUAAAUUUCUAAAGUUUGUCCACAGCUCUCUUACUCUCUCUCUCGGGGUGGCUUGACCUAGGGAGGAGCAGACACUGUCCAUUCUAUAUACAGUCUAUGUGCCAGACACAGAGGGUGAAGACAUUGAGGAACAGGAUAAAGAGGAGGGUUGUCUGCAUCAACUGCCUCAAUGUUAUCGGACUAUUAUUUUCUUUCUGUGUGAGAUUAUCUGUGAAAAAUGGUUGACUAGGAUUCAUCAGUUUUAGUAUAACGCUCUCCUACAGUGCUGCAUGCACCUUGGUCGAGUUUUUUACUGUUGUGUUCAAUCAGACUGACUGCUGGAUAUGAGAAAAGUGAGUCAUGAACGAGUCAAAGGUCAACCAGGUAGUUGUUCAUUUGUUUACAGAGCUUUGACCUGAUCAGGUCAACCAAUCAGGUCCAGUGUAGAACUUCUCAAUAAACUGUGCUGCAUGUCAAAGGUUAUACAAAUGGCAAACAGUGAUUCAGUUUUUAUGAAGGACAUGUUACCAGUUUAUUUAAUAGUUAUUGAAUCCAGACUUACGAGUUGCAUGGAAAAAAAUACUAAAACAUCUUCAUUCUUAAAAUCUUGUCACUGACCUGGACUUUCCUCCUCUCUUGUCUAUUCAGGCCUUGUGUUGGAAUCCUCACAGCCCCUCCCGAGGAUCAGUCGUGGUUCUGUGUUAAAUGUUCCAGCAAGAAGAAGGACAAAAAACACAAGAAAAGGAAACACAAACCGCAUUGAGACUAUGCAAAAAGCACAUACCUUGGACUCUAUAUAUUUUUUGGACUUAAAGCCAUCACUGAACACUUGUGGCACUGCUGUAAAAUGAAAAGUUUAAAACUGUGGCUGAUGCUAACCUGAUGAUUUUUCUAAUGACAUCAGCCAAGAUGAUUUGUGAGUUGGAAAGAAGAAAAAAAAAAAGGCUUUAACCAGCACAUAACCAGCCUUAGCUCUCACGUGGGGCUCUGUGGUUUCCCCCUUUCACCUGUAAACUGUUUGCUUAUUUUUGUCGUCUGGUGGUUUCAGAUCACAAUUAUAUUUGUAUGAACUGACCAUGACAACAUGUCAAAGCUUGACAAAGCAGAUCCAGAGAACAACCAACAUCCACCCAACAUCCACUGUCUUUAUUUCUGUCCCUUUUGUUCGCCACCAGAGGAACGACCUCACGUUUUUUGCAGUAUCAUGGAAAUGUCAUGUAAAUAAUGAUGAUGGCGUCAGGUGUGUAUAAAUGUGUCAAUAUCAACUUCCAAGCCAAGUGCAUUUUGUUCUUAGGACUCUGACAUAAAUCCAUUUCAGAUAUUGGUUUUUAACUCAAAUGAUUUUCUGUAAUUUCUGUAUAUUUUUUAAAUUUAAAGUUUGUAUUUUAAUUUUUUCUUCAUAUGGAUUUUUCCUGGAGUUAUACUGUAGCUGUGCUUGUAAUGUGAUUCAUUUUGCUGAUAUUUCAAUAUUAAAGAUGAACAGUCUGUGUACGCACAGACUUUAAGAUGUAAAUCUCAUUACCAUCAGAACUGUAUCUACAUUUUCUUUAUUGAAUUGUAAAUCUGAACAAACGUUUGUUCACCCCAGCCUCCUUGUCCCCCAUUUUCUGCCUUUUUGCAUGAAGUACAGAUUAGAAUACUAUUACAAAACCA